AUGGAGGGGAGUGGCUUGGACCCGCAGGAGGAGGAACCAUUGCUGCCACGAAGUAGAGGAACAAGCAGACGGGCCAGGGACAAGUGUGGGUGUGGGGCAGCAAGGGAGGAGUGUGGGUGUGGGGCAGCCAGGGACAAGUGUGGGUGUGGGGCAGCAAGGGAGGAGUGUGGGUGUGGGGCAGCCAGGGACAAGUGUGGGUGUGGGGCAGCAAGCCAGGAGUGUGGGUGUGGGGCAGCCAGGGACAAGUGUGGGUGUGGGGCAGCAAGGGAGGAGUGUGGGUGUGGGGCAGCCAGGGACAAGUGUGGGUGUGGGGCAGCAAGGGAGGAGUGUGGGUGUGGGGCAGCCAGGGACAAGUGUUGGUGUGGGGCAGCAAGGGAGGAGUGUGGGUGUGGGGCAGCCAGGGACAAGUGUGGGUGUGGGGCAGCCAGGGAGAGGAGUUAUGGUGCAGCCAGGAUUGGUGCAGCAAGGGAGAGGAGUGGCUAUGCAGCAGCAUUCGGGUGGGGUGACUAUGGGGCAAACAGGGGGGGGGCAGCAAGGGAGUGGGGUGACUACGGGACAGCAGGGGACGGGAGGGGUGAUGGGGCUGCAAGGGAGUGGACUGGCUACGGGACAGCAAUGGAGUGGGUUGAGAAUGGGGCAAACAGGGGGGGGGCAGCAAGGGAGUGGGGUGACUACGGGACAGCAGGGGACGGGAGGGGUGAUGGGGCUGCAAGGGAGUGGACUGGCUACGGGACAGCAAUGGAGUGGGUUGGGAAUGGGGCAGACAGGGGGGGGGCAGCAAGGGAGUGGGGUGACUACGGGACAGCAGGGGACGGGAGGGGUGAUGGGGCUGCAAGGGAGUGGACUGGCUACGGGGCAGCAAUGGAGUGGGUUGGGAAUGGGGCAGACAGGGGGGGGGCAGCAAGGGAGUGGGGUGACUACGGGACAGCAGGGGACGGGAGGGGUGAUGGGGCUGCAAGGGAGUGGACUGGCUACGGGACAGCAAUGGAGGGGUGUUGGAAUGAUGCAGCCAGGCAGGGAAGUGGAUAUGGAUCGCUACAGGUUUGUGGGAAUGCAGCAGCGCUGGUGGGGUGA